UUUACGACGUGGUUUGACGUUUCACUUUCCGGCAACAUGGAAACCUGCUGUAGUGAGUUACUGUAAAUCCACUCUACUGGGGGCAUUACUACCAAUGUACUUUUUUGUCAUGAAACAAAUGUCACGGAGCUGGCGGUCUGUGACUCGGUGACAGUGAUGACCGCGGUGAUGUGUUUUCAGCGAUUGGUCAGGGUCGGCUGUCCGCUGUCAGUGCGCUGUAGUGCGGGCGUGUGCGGGCUCCAGUCCAGGUCAUGGCGGCCCUCUUUCACACCUGUCAGCGAGUAUCUGAGGGUAAAGGUCCCCCAUGUGAGACUAAAAGGGACUGAUAGUCGCGUGGUGUGUUGGGGUAGAGUCGCGCAGCAAGUAAAACCAAGUUUCUGGAAAGAGCCUCAAACAGUUUUUCUGUACCGUGGAGGUCACUAUGGAUGUGCGGUCACUCAGUGGUCCACAGCGGGUCCAAAAGUUCGUGGACUUUGUUGUGAAAAUAGGAAGGGCAGCUCGAAGGAACCUGAACGAACGGAGGACACUACAGUACCCGGACAUGGACUCUUUAAGUUCAAAGAGCUGUAUGAGAACCCAUGGACGAUCCCUAACCUGCUGUGUGUGUGUCGUAUUUUCCUGGCUCCACUGCUGGGUUACCUGGUCGUCCAGCAGCACUUUCACAUGAGCCUGGCCCUGUUUACGUUGGCUGGAGCUACGGACCUGUUGGAUGGUUACAUCGCGAGAACUUGGCCAAAUCAAAAGUCAGCCUUGGGCAGCGCUCUGGACCCCCUGGCUGACAAAAUCCUCGUCAGUAUAUUAUACGUCAGCCUCACCUAUGCUGAUCUUAUACCAGCUCCCCUGACGGCUUUAGUGAUUUUCAGAGACAUCGGCUUGAUAGCUGCCGUCUUCUGGAUCAGAUACAAGACUGUUCCUCCGCCGGUGACACUUGCCAAGUUUUUUAAUCCCUGCUACACCACCGCUCAGUUAAAGCCCACACUUUUCAGCAAGGUGAACACAGCCAUCCAGCUCCUCCUGGUGGCAGUCUCUCUCGCUGCUCCCGUGUUCCAGUUCACAGACAGCGUCCUGCUGCCGUGCAUAUGGUAUGUAACCGCAGUUACCACCACGGCUUCAGGCUACAGCUACUGGCACUACGGCCGCAAAACAGUCAAAGUCCUAAACACCAGGUCCCAAUGACCUCAGGUCAGAAAAUGCCCAGAACACAUGAGAAAACUGACACAGUGACAUCUGCUGGUAGCAUCGUGAAACUCUUUGCAUAAAACAGCAAUGAGUCACGUCGACCAAUCAGUUGCAAGCUGCUGAGUGCAACUAAUCACGGGCUGACAAGAGACAGCACAGAGCAAGAUACUUUACUUUUUACUUAGUUUUUUAGACUGGGGGUUAUGAUGUCAUCGGAGUCGUUGUCAAGUAAAUGUCAGUUUUGUUAAACAAAGACUUACAAAUAAUAAUAAUAAUAAAAAAAAGAAAAGUUCUGAUCUGUUGGUGUUUUCUUGGCAACUUAACAGUAGUGUGAAAAAAAAUAUUUGCAGUUUUUAAAAAU